AUGAAGGCUCUCUUGAGCGUGAGGAGUGGCUUCCCUGACGUAGAUAGGCGGCUAUCUCCAUGGAAGGGCGAUGACUGCUGCAGUUGGGAAGGUGUAGGAUGCAACAACAUCACAGGUCUUGUUAUCAAACUUGACCUCUCUUUACGCUAUCCUUUGCAUCCUGGUACUUUUUUCAACAGAAGCGAGGUGCAUCCUUCAUUGUUUCAUUUGAAGCAUUUGGAGUAUUUAGACAUAAGUGGGAACAACUUAUCUGGCCAUCAAAUUCCUGGCUCGAUUGGAUCUUUAACUCAAUUGAACUACUUGGACCUUUCGAGUUGUGGUUUGAAAGGAGAAAUUCCCUACCAACUUGGCAAUCUCUCCCAUCUACGUCACCUAUCUCUAACUGAUAACCAUAUUUUUGGAAAAAUCCCGGCAUCUUUUGUCCAUCUCAGAAAUGUGCAGUUCCUGUACCUGGGCUUUAAUAACAUCAGUGGAGAGAUUCCAAAAAAUAUUGGAAACCUCAGAAACAUACAAGGCUUGUUCCUCUUUAAUAACCAUCUCGAAGGUGUAAUACCGAAAAGCAUAGGAAACUUGAGCAAAAUGUCAACUCUGUACCUUUUUCGUAAUAAAAUUGUUGGAGGCUUACCAGAGACUAUCGGCAAUCUAACUGCAUUGCAGAGUUUGGACUUAUCAGAUAAUCAGAUUAAUGGAAAGAUACCAGAUUCAAUUGGAAAUCUCCUUCAGCUAGAAUAUCUCGAUAUCUCUUGGAACAACAUAAGUGGAUCGAUUCCUGAUACCUUAGGAAGCCUAUGCAACUUGAGUGAAAUCUCUCUCUUUAAUAACAGUGUAACAGGGAGAGUUGUUGAAUUCUUUGAACAACUAUCAAGAUGCAGAACUAACGAACUUCUUUCCCUUUACUUGAAUAACAAUCAGUUAAGUGGUCCUUUUCCGAGUCAUUUUGAGAGGCUUCAAAGAUUAACUGAUCUGGACCUUAGUUUCAAUCAACUGAGUGGCUCUGUUUCAACAUCCUUGGGGAAAUUGUCUGCAUUAGAAGUCUUAAGUUUAUCUUCAAACAAUUUGGUUGGAGACAUCACAGAAGCCCACUUUGCCAAUCUCACAAAUUUAUAUUACAUGGAUAUAUCUCACAACAACUUGUCAGUCAAAGUGAGCCCAGAUUGGCUUCCUCCAUUUCAAGCAAGUGAUAUCCGAAUGCGCUCUUGCAACUUGGGACCUAGAUUUCCUCCAUGGCUGCGGAACCAAACCAUUUUAAAUGAGCUAGACAUAUCAAACAAUGGAAUAUCAGAUGCUUUUCCUGAUUGGUUUUGGAGUUUGUGCUUAUGGAACAUGAACCUAAAUGUUUCUCACAAUGAUAUGAGAGGAAUGUUGCCGAGCUCUUUAGAAUGCUUCAAGAAUGUAUCAACUUUGGAUUUAAGUUACAACAAAUUUGAAGGCAUCAUACCAAGAAUGCAACUUUCAAAUGCAUAUUUGGUCUUUUCUCACAAUUUCUUCUCUGGACCUAUUCCUAGCAGCUUGGCUGAUAAUGCUAUAUAUAUGUCUUUGUCAAACAACAGACUGAAUGGUAGUAUUCCAUCCUCCAUUUGUACAGCAGAUGAUCUACGAGUUAUCCACCUUGCCAACAAUGGUUUAUCUGGAACACUCCCAGAUUGCUUCAGAUAUAAAUCGAGUUUGGUGAUCAUCGACGUUUCAAACAACAUGUUAUCCGACAACAUCCCUAGAACACUUGGACUUUUAAAAGGGCUCCGAUCACUGCACUUCAAUAACAAUAACCUCUCUGGAAGAAUUCCCACAACAUUGAAACAAUGCCUUGAACUGGAGGUUAUUGACUUUAGCUGGAAUGAACUGUCAGGUGAGAUACUGAGUUGGAUCGGACCAGAACUGUCAUCAUUAAGAGUCCUUUCUUUGAGGUCAAAUAAGUUCACCGGUGGGAUUCCAUCAGAACUCUCGUUGAUCCCUUCCCUUCAAGUCCUAGAUCUUUCUCACAAUCUUUUCUCUGGUUUGUUGCCUCCUAGUUUUGGUAAUUUCACAGCUAUGAUGACAAACCAGAACUAUGAAAUUCCUUCACCACUACAAAUGCUUGGUUAUCUUUAUUAUACAGAGAACCUCAUUAUAAUUGCCAAAGAUUCAUCACUUACCUUCACUACUUUGCUUUCACUUGUCACGAGCAUUGGCCUCUCAAAUAACAAUCUCUCAGGCAUGAUUCCUGAAGAGUUAACAAAUCUUGAUGGCCUCCGCUUUCUCAACUUAUCUUCCAAUUACUUUUCAGGGCAAAUACCAGAGAAGAUUGGUCUUAUGAGCCAACUAGAAUCACUUGAUCUUUCAAAAAAUAAUUUAUCAAGUAGAAUCCCUUCGAGUAUCUCUGCUUUAAAUUUUCUAGCUGUCUUAAACUUGUCUUACAACAAUCUUGUCGGGAAAAUACCGGUGGGCCCUCAACUUCAAACCUUCACCAACUUGUCUUACAUGGGAAAUCCUAAGCUUUGUGGGGAACCACUUGAAAUCAAAUGUCUUGGAGACAACCAAACCAACGAUGACAGAGUCACAAAAGAAGAGUACGUGUCUAAAGAUGACGAGUAUGGAGGAAUUUGGUAUUUCAUUGGCUUUGCUCCUGGAUUUGUCUUUGGCUUUUGGGGAUUCAUGGGUGCAAUUAUGAUUAAGAAGAGCAUAAGAAUCAAAUACAUUUUACUCAUUGAUAUAAUAAUUGGUUGGUUUAUGCAAAUGUAA